GACUUCAAUGCCAAGUUGUCUGACUUCGGUCUUGCUAGAGAUGGGCCACCUGAUGAUAGGACUCAUGUGACCACUAUAAUUAUGGGUACACAAGGCUACGCUGCACCGGAAUACAUUGCUACAGGCCAUUUGACGGAAAAGUGUGAUGUAUAUGGCUUUGGGAUUGUUCUGCUGGAAUUACUAUCUGGCCGUCGGGUUAUUGAUAGAUCUACCAGUAAAGAACAAUUCCUGGUGGAUUGGGCAAGACCAUAUUUGUCCGAGGAGAAAGAAGUGUAUCGAGUAGUGGACACCAAAUUGAAGGGCCAGUACCCUCUGGAAGGAGCAGUUAUUGUUUCAAAUCUUGUUUUGCAGUGCAUAAGUAGUAAUCCCAAAAGCAGGCCACGUAUGUCGGAGGUUUUAGCCACAUUGGAACAACUCUGAGGUUCACAUGAAACAAAAAAUCAAGAUUCUUCUAAAUCUGCUGUCAAUAAUGAAGACAUCGUCAAAAUCUGAAUAUGACACCUUUGGAGUCUCUGAAUAUUGCAUGGAAAGUGUGUAUGGUGUAACACAAAUAAGUUGGAUUUAGUUAUUGGCAAAAUCUUCUCUUAUUAUUUCUAGCGCGUGCCUUCCUCAAUUAUGUUACAAAUUUUCGGUGUUAGUUUGUCGUAUAUCUAUUAACUCCAACCACAUAUUUGAUAAGUUGAAUCGGACAUGACUAACAUACAUAUGGGAUUUUUGUGUA